AACACUAACCUUUACUCAAUAACACCAACAUUUACCUCAGUAACGCUAAUCUCUAAUUUAUUAACACUAAACUUACUAAUUCUUCAUUACCCUAACUGACAAUCAGUUUUGCAUGUAGAUUGAUGUAGCCUUUGCUAGGCAAACCUGUCCGACUUUUUAAAAAUGAAGGCAACUUUAUUGGUUAAUAGAUGACAGAUGGGGUUUAACAUUUGUCCUGUGACAAAAAAAAAAGUUUCAGGUCAGCACAGCAACUUUCCUCGCCUUGGCUGUCCAUGGUUGUUAGCCUAGCUAUCAUAGCUAUCGCCCCGAUAUUGUUUUGUUUCUGGAGUUCAUGUCUGCAUCCGCUGGUGUUUUGAGGCAGCUACUGCAACUGAUGUGUAGACAACAUCGGGGUUCCCGCGGGGUCUUAAAAACCCUUAAAACAUUGAAUUGAAGCGUUUGGAAAUGAUACAAAUGCCAGCCAGUGUCAGUGUAUUGCCAGCAGUGAUUUGUUCUACAGGCUACUAGACGUGAACGAGUAUAAAAUUAUAAAGAAGGAAGAACAGGACUAGGCAUGUAAACCUGUUCACUUUACCACAGAAAUUUUAAGGAAUAAUAGGGCUGUGACUUUACUCACUCCUUACACCAACUCUUCUUCAAUGUCGUGCACCGAAAUAUCACAGUAUCACAGUAUCAAUAUUUCAGGUAGGCCUUCUUCUACCGGCAGUUAUGCAGUAAGCUGUAACCAAAACACGACAUAUGUAUUUGACAGAAUUUAAAAUAUACGCCACUCAACAUGAUCCCAAAUGCUGAUUCACAUAUUUAAUGUUUAUGAACGUAGUAAAAAGAAACGUAUAAAAAACAUUUUGUGAACCUAGGUGAUGAGAGAGAGAGAGAGUGUGUGUGAGAGAGAGAGAGAGAGAGAGAGAGAGAGAGAGAGAAUGUUGAUGCAGCUUUGUAAUAAGACAGAUGGUGAUAUGUUGUCUCUUUUCCCUUUACAGGUCACCAAGAGUACAAGUCUGUAAGAAAUGUAUGUAGUCGUUUCCUUCCCCGCGGAGGGCUUGUUUUUUGUGGUGCCUGUUUCAUGGCUCAUAGAAGAUAAAUGUUACUGGCCUCCCUUUAAAACGCUGGACAAGGUAAAAAAGGCUGCCCUACAAAAUGAAACCCCUGACCCCAACUGUUGGACACUUCAUCCAGUUGAGGUGCUUAAAGUUAAAGACACAUACGAAAAGGCCCACGGCCACUACCUUAAAGCAAAAAGAGGAGAGAAGCUGGAGACAGAUGAGGAGACCAUGAAAAGAAAAAGAAAGCCAAACAUGAAAUUCAUCCAAUCCAGUGAUGAAGAAGAUGACUGUCCCUAUUUCCCUCCGGCUCCAAAAAUUCGGCGACUGCCAGAGAAAAUUUCUGUACCAAAUUCAGAGUUUACCAGCCAGGCACCACAGGUCCCAACCACCACCACCCUGCCUCUACCACCACCACCACAACUCCCACCUCUACCACCACUACCACAGCGCCCACCCAGCCAUGAAGUGUACAGUCAAUCACACAGAACCCCUUCAGUCACCAGGACCAGUACUUACCCUGCAGUGUUGUCCAACCAAGCAGCCAGUCCCCCGUUGGAAACCUCACAUCUUUUUCUGACAUCCAGCCAUGGAGAGUUUACCAGUCAGGCACCACAGCUCCCCACCACCACCACCCUGCCUCUACCACCACCAUCACCUCUACCCCACUACCACAGCUUCCAACGAUUUCACCUCUGCCAGCACCACCACAGCUUCCAUCGAAGUCACCUCUUUUUCGAACAUCCAGCCAUGGAGCACCUCCGGACGAUUGAGGAGGAGGUUAAGGAGGUUAAGCAGCAGGUGGCUGCAAAUACGGCCAUUCUGCAGAAGCUAGGGGGUGCUGGUGUGGCAGACCUUUGCCUCGUCCAGGAAACCAACAUGCCCCUCAGUAACCUGGAGGAACUGGAGGAGCUGGAGAGGCAGCUUGGGUCUGACAUUGACCUGAAAAACCAACUGGUGAACAUACUUGCUGUUUUGGGGGGGAAAACCACCAAAGACGCGGUGAAGAGGAUGUUGGGCCGUAUUUUGAGGAAGUCCCUGGCGCUUCAAAUAAAUUGGACUGGUGCUGGAGGAAAGGUGGCGUUCAAGUCUUUACACCUGAAGAAUGUGUUACACAGAGCUGUUAGGAGAGUGGUGCACACAGCAACAGAAGAGGACCUGCAAAAAGAAGUUGCGAAGUACCUAAAGGGGGCAGCUGACUGA